ACAGCUCAAGAGAGAGAGAAAACACACAGCUUCUAGAGAGAGAGAGAGAGAGACUCCCUGAGUUUUUAUCUUCUCAGGUAUUUCAUCUCUGUAAGUUAGAUAUUUUUUGGCCCUUGAGAAUGAAUUUUCUUUGUUUUUGAACUUUACCAGUCUCGGCUGGUGCUUGAUUGUUUAAAGGGAUUCUGUUUCCUCACUGAUGUUUCAAAGUCGAGAUUGUAGUACAUAUCAUAGGAGCAGAUCAAAUGCCAUCGUUAAAAAUGAAGACCAAGCUAAACAUGGAUUCUUCAAGGGGAAAAAGUCAUCUGAGUGUGUGUCAAAAGUCUAGUAUGAUAUCCAAAAAAUCGGGUUCUCAUAUCACAGUUUCUCGACAAACAGCAGGAUGUGAUGCUUAUAUUGACUAUGUUCAAUCGAGUAUAUACACUUCGGAUAUUGAAAGUUAUGAAGCCAUUAACCAACGAGAAUUUUCAAGUGAAGCAAAUUCUCAGUUUCAAAAGCAUUCAUCAACUUUUCUGGAUUCAGGCACCAUGGAAAGGAUGGAAUUGGCCCUUAACUGUACGUCAAGCUUCGAAACAAUUUUUUCUCCUGCUUUGGAGCCUGUUGAAAUUCAGUAUCUGCCAAAUAAUGAUGAUGAUUCAGGAGGCAACAAAGAUCUUAGCGUGCCAGGGUUGGGUACUGACGACAGUGAUAACAGAAGCUCAUGCUACUAUGAAACAUGCAACAUCUCAGAUUUCUUUAUUUCUGACAUGAUUAUUGCUGGCUUACCAUUUGAUGGGAACACAGCUGAUGACAAUAUCACCGUGACCAAUCCUUUUCCGGAGUAUAAAUGUGCUGAAUCUAGUAUGUUGUUUGAUGUGGCUGAGGAAUGUGUCAUGCUACCUUUUCUUGAAGACACUCCUAAAGUAAGCAAUCCUAAUGAUAUGGUAUCUUGUGAAGAGGACGUGGUAGAUCAAGAUGAUGCUAGCUUGUACCUAGCAAUUAAUCAGAUACGAUCUUGCAAUCAGGAAUCUGACCUUCACACUGAAUUGGACCAAAUAGAAGACUUUGAUCCUCAGUUCUUUAUAAAAAAUUUGCCUGAUCUAUCUGACAUGGAGUCGAAUUUUCACCCAACUUUAUCUCCAAAGGAUUCUUGGAGAAGGAAGUCGAUAACCCUGGUGCUCGAUUUGGAUGAGACUCUGGUCCACUCUACAUUGGAACAUUGUGACGAUGCUGAUUUUACCUUUACUGUGUUUUUCAACUUGAAAGAGCACACUGUAUAUGUAAAACAGAGGCCUUUCCUCCAUGCAUUCUUAGAGAGAGUUGCAGAGAUGUUUGAAGUUGUUAUCUUUACAGCUAGCCAAAGCAUUUAUGCAGCACAGCUUUUGGACAUACUGGAUCCAGAUAAGAAGUUUAUAUCUCGUCGGGUUUACCGUGAGUCUUGCAUUUUCACAGAUGGAAGUUACACAAAAGAUUUGACAGUUUUAGGUGUUGAUCUUGCAAAAGUUGCCAUUAUUGAUAAUUCUCCACAGGUUUUCAGGUUGCAAGUAAAUAAUGGGAUUCCUAUUAAGAGUUGGUUUAGUGAUCCAUCAGAUUGUGCACUAAUUUCAUUACUCCCCUUCUUAGAGACCCUGGUUGAUGCUGAUGAUGUCCGCCCUAUCAUUGCAAGGAGAUUCGGUCGUGUGAGGAACGUCCUAUAUAAUCUGCUAAUGGAAAAAUGUAAGUACGUUGAGUUCCAUUGCUACUGCCUUUCUUAGCUUGUAGGGUAUAACAAUUUGUUAGACCGUGGACUGUUCGGACAGUUCUUGAAUUUCUAAAAGCGAUGUUAACUACAGAUUGGUUGUAUAAUCCCCAUUUCGGUUUGUUAAGAGAUGUAUCAAUUUGUCAAUCUGUUGUAUCCUUUUAAUGCCUGGUCAGCUUCUUUUGCCUUGAAUGCCAAAAGCGUAUAUAUAAUAUGUAAGAGCUCCUCUGUAUUGCUACUAUUUCAUCCUAACAUUCAGUGAGUUGUUAAUUAUGAGUUACUAAUCCUUGGGAAUGCAGUGUUAGUUUUGUUUUA